AGUUCGAGUUCCAGUAAGUUAAAAUUAUAACAAAUGAAGUAACUAUAGUUUAUUGGCAUAUCAGUAUUGCAGUAGAUAAUGGAUUCUCAGCCAGGGCCAUCAAAUAUCAGUAAAUGGGUGGAUAGAAGGCCUUUAACUAAAAAAGAUCUAGAAGAGGAAAUAAGGAAAAUAAUGGAGGAGGAGAGUGAUGACAAUGAAAUUCCACCAACUGAAUCAGAUAGUGAAGUUGACCACAUUUCAGUAAGCGACCAUCUUACCGACACUGACGCAGACGAACCAUCAGAAGAUGAAGGCAAUUUUUACGAAUCAAGCUUGGCAGGUACUCCAUCUUCUCACUUUUAUCUGGGGAAAGAUGGUACACGUUGGUCCAAACAACAUCCACCAAUAAAUGUAAGGACUAGAGCCCAUAAUUUAGUGACCCAUCUACCGGGACCGAAAGGAAAAGCAAAGGAUGCAACUACUCCUUUUGAAGGUUGGAAUUGUAUGAUUUCUGAUAAUAUGAUAAACCAUAUUGUCAGAUAUACCAACAUAUACAUAGAUUUGUCGCGAGGAAAAUUUGUUAGGGAGAGAGAUGCCGCUCCUACAGACCAACGAGAGAUGAAAGCACUUUUCGGUUUGCUGUACUACGCUGGGGUACUGAAGUCUGGGAGACUCAAUACAAUGGAAUUGUGGGAAAAAGAUGGAUCUGGUGUGGACAUAUUUCCAGCCGUCAUGUCUCGAAAACGCUUUUUAUUUUUACUCACUUCUUUACGUUUUGAUGACAUACGUGAUAGGCACACCAGACGACAAAGUGACAAACUGGCUCCCAUACGUGAACUCUCAGAAUUAUUUAAAAACAACAUUCAAAGCUCCUAUGUUAUUAGUGAGUAUGCCACAAUAGACGAAAAAUUGGAACCUUUUAGGGGAAGAUGCUCGUUUAGGCAGUACAUAAAGAGUAAGCCAGCAAGAUAUGGCAUAAAAAUUUUUCUUUUGACUGACAGUCGUACAUACUAUACGAACAACUUUGAAAUAUAUGCUGGUAAGCAACCGGAAGGUGAGUACAAGUUACAAAAUGAUCCUUAUUCAGUCGUAUGCCGUCUCAUCAAACCAAUUGAAAAAACUGGCCGAAACAUAACAAUGGACAAUUGGUUUAUGAGUAUAAAGCUAAUGAAUGAUCUUUUGAAAAAUCAUCGCUUGACCUGUGUUGGAACUAUCCGAAAAAAUAAAAGGGAAGUACCAACUGCAUUUGUCACUCCAAAAAAUCGGUCUGAAUAUUCUAGUUUAUUUGCGUUCUCGGAAAAUAAAACAGUAGUUUCAUAUUGCCCUAAGAAAGGUAAAGUAGUUUUGGUGGGUUCAACUAUGCAUCACGAUGACUGUAUCAACAGUGAAUCUGAAAAGCAAAAACCUGAAAUAAUAGAGUUCUACAAUUUGACUAAGGGUGGAGUCGAUACUGUCGAUUAUAAUCCACAUAAUUAUGUGGAUUAUAUUCUGUAUCCAGGAGGUCGCAAAGGUGGCCACUAACUAUAUUUUUUGGUUUUCUGAAUAUUGCGGCGAUAAAUGCUUACAUUGUUUAUAAAAGCAACAAGCAGGAACAAAUUGCCCGAAGAGUAUUCUUGAAAAACUUGGCAAAAGAACUAGUAAGAGAACAUUUACGGUAUAGGUCCACUAUUGUCUCGCUACCCAGUGACAUAAAAACAAGGAUAAUGCUUUUAAUUCCACAAAAUGAACAGGAAGAAUUUCUUCCAGCGAAGCGCCAGAAAGUAUUGUCGGGAAGGUGUCAAGUUUGCUCAGGCCGCAAAGACAGAAAAACUAAAACAUGCUGUAGUGCGUGUAAUAAACUCAUAUGCCGAGAACAUUCUAUACCAAUUUGCCAAGGCUGUUUCGCAAAUAAGGUUGUCCCCGUUCUGAAAGAAGAUGAAGAACUGGAAGAAGAGGAUGUCUAGGUCAUUUUAUCAUUUUUUUAUUAUUUUUUUUUGUUCAGUCUCAUCAUGUGUUGAUUUGGUUUUAUUGAGUACAAUUUUAUGUUCAUUUAUUUUAAAUAUGUCACAAAUAGAGUUUAUAAGUUCAGUUACACAA